AUGCUUAGCUUCAUUUUAUUUUACUGUGCAGUUUUCGUGAAUGGGAAGAUUUGCAAAGACCCAAAGCUUGCAAAAGCAGAUGAUUUUUUUACUUCAGGUCUUAAUGUUGGUGGAAAUGUAUUUCCCAAGUUUGGUUUUACACUAAAGAUUCUGAAUUUAAUUAAUAACAUGCCUGGACUUAACACUCUUGGUAUUUCUAUCGCUCGUGCCGACUUGGAACCUCAGGGCGUUGUUCCACUUCACAUGCAUCCUCGAGCUGCUGAGCUGAUAACUGUCCUGCUGGAGGGUACUCUCUAUGCAGGAUUUCUUGUUGCUGAUGGUGCAAACUUCUUUAAGAGUGUAGUCCGCUUCAUAUAUAAUGUGGGACACAAAAAAGCUACUUUUCUCGCUUUUUACAACAGUCAAAAUCCUGGAACCAUGGCGAUUCCUGGAGCCAUCCUUGCUUCAGAACCACCUAAUAUAGAUGACGUUCUUGCCAAGAGCUUCUUGCUCAAUAAGACACAGAUUGCAAAACUUCGAACGAAAUUCUCUUAG